UGACAACCUGCGGAGAUGCCGUCGUCAAAUUCAAGUUACAUUGAGAUUGUCAUGUACCUUGUAGGACGGAAGAACCCGAUACUACUCCGGAGUACUAUCGAUGAAGUCGCAUGGGCCAUGCAGGCAAGGCCUUUGACCGAGCCAAUCCUCGCCUAUCCCCGCCUUUACAAUUCUGGAUGGCUCAUAUGUAAGGGUAUCCUUCAUGCAUAAAUAGGGGACAGGUCCGACUCCGGUCUUCCUUUCUCUCCUUCCUCAACUCCUGUGAGAGGAAGUCACAUACCAAUCAAUUGUACGGAGUAUUGUUCCUUCUUUUACCGAGGCAAUAGAGCAAUAGGCAUCAUGUUUACCAGGCAAUCCCUCGUGGCCCUCAUCGGGGGUCUAUCUCUCGCCGCCGCCCAGACAUCUUCGGAGCCCUACCCCUCAUUAGAAGAAAUCAGAGCUGCCCAGGCUACCGUUCUGCCCCAUUCUCCUGUUUCUAAUGUCAAGGGUCUUGCAUUCAACCGUUUUGUCAACAUUUGGCUGGAAAACACGGACUUUGAGUCUGCCGCAAAUGAUCCUCAUCUCUCCAAGCUUGCCGAGAAGGGUCUUCUUCUCACAAACUACUGGGCAGUCACACAUCCUUCGGAACCCAACUACUGCGCUUCUGCCGGAGGUGACACCUUUGGCAUGGACAGUGGUGACUUUAAUCAAGUGCCUGCCAAUGUGUCCUCCAUUGCUGAUAUGUUCGAUGUGAAAAAUAUUGCCUGGGGUGAGUACCAGGAGCACCUACCUUAUCCGGGCUACCAGGGGAAAAACUUUUCCAAUCAAGAAACGGGUGCCAAUGACUACGUCCGAAAGCAUAACCCCAUGGUCUUGUACGACUCGGUGACUAAGGACGCUACCCGCCUACGUCAGAUCAAGAAUUUCACCACGUUCUAUGAUGACCUGAAGAAUGAGCGUUUACCUCAAUACAGCUUUAUCACCCCAAACAUGACCAAUGACGCCCAUGACACCAAUAUCACCUUUUCUGGCUCUUGGACUUGGGGUUUUCUUUCCGAGCUUCUGGAAAAUGAGUACUUCACCAAGGAUACGCUUAUUCUCCUGACCUUCGACGAGAGUGAUACCUAUGAGAUUGAAAACAGGAUCUACAGUUUCUUCCUUGGAGGUGCUGUUCCAGAGAACCUUCGGGGCAAGCAGGAUGACACUUUCUACACUCACUACUCCAUCAUUGCCUCCCUUUCGGCCAACUGGGGUCUCCCAUCGCUGGGUCGCUGGGAUUGCGGAGCCAACUUGCUCAGCUGGCUGGCCGAGAAGACCGGAUACGUCAACUGGGAGGUUGAGACCGGCAAUUUACUGCAGAACGAGACAUACCCAGGUCCGCUAUCAUCUGGAGAAUACAGCACUUUUGAUCCGGAGUGGCCUGUCCCAUUGACCAAGGGGAGCUGCUCUGCUGGCCAUGGCAUUCUGCCCAUUGUCCAGCAAACGUGGAAGGGUCUUACUGCCACCUAUAACUACACCAGCCCUAUCCCGUAUGACUCUGUCAGUGGAAACAAUGUCGGUGUUAAGUAUAGCAGGAAGCUGAAGAACGGAAAAACCGAGUCUGGUAUCACUGAGUAAAUACUCCUAUGGAAGUUGCGGUCACUUUGUGCAUAUGGAAUAUAAAUGUCUGAUUGACUAUAUAUCAUUCUUGCAGCAGGUUGUUAGUGCUGCAAUAACUACCAAUUCAAUGGAAGAGCAAUCCUCCGACUAGGCACGACUAGUAGAAAUCGUAGACGCAUAAGAUCA